AUGCUGCAGCUGCAGUACUUGACACUCAACCCAUUGUUGCUCUACUUGGGCACUUUGGCAAUCAUCUCUAGCCAUGCACAAGAUCUUCCGCCGACUCUAGGGUUCAUAAGCAUAGAUUGUGGGCUGGAUCCUAAAUAUGGCAACUACGUCGAUCCUGUUUCCAAACUCGAGUACCAGACGGAUGAAUCCUUCAUUGACACGGGCGAAAACGUUCCUAUAGUAGACGGAGACUACUUGGACAGCUCAGUUGCACAGCAACUGCGGAAUGUCAGAAGUUUUCCCAACGAUACUAGGAACUGUUACAAUCUAUCAUCAAUACAGGGCAAAGGGAAAAGAUAUUUGAUCAGAGCAAUGUUUAUGUAUGGAAACUACGAUGGGAAAAAACAGCCACCAACGUUCGAUCUCUAUCUGGGAAUCGAGUUGUGGGACAGGGUGGUUGCAGACAAUACAAAUUCACCUAUUAUCAAGGAGAUCCUCCAUGUUCCUUCAUCAAAUCUUUUUUAUGUUUGUCUAGUCAAUUUGGGAACUGGAACACCUUUUAUCUCAGCCUUAGAGCUUCGGCCUGUAAGUCAAGUCGCUUAUCCAACGCACAAUUCUAGUGAAUCACUUGCAGGUUAUGCUAGAUGGAAUUUCGCUCCGGCAGAUCCGAUUCAAGUUAUCAGGUACCCGAAUGACACUUGUGAUCGGCUGUGGCACCCGUAUCCCUCACCUCCGGGCUGGGAUUCAUUAAGCACCACACUAAACAUCAGCGUAAACAACGACUACCAACCACCGAUGGCGGUGAUGCAGACAGCCGUGACACCCCGGAAUGCUCAUGAAUCCCUAAUAUUUGAUUGGGGCCGAACCGAUCCAAACUUGGAGUUCUAUCUGUACUGGCAUUUUGCUGAACUAGUGUGUCAGAACUAUUCUCGAUGCAUUGCGCCACUGAAAGUAGGAAAUGGCACUGGUUAUCGAGCCUUUGAUGUGUUUAAGCAAGAUCAAUAUUGGGGCGCUCAUGUGGUUCCUGCUUAUCUCAGUGUAAUUACUUUCCCUCCUGCUGGUGGUAAUGGAGACAGUAUAGUAAGUUUCAGUUAUUCGCUUGUGAGUUCUUGGAAUUCAACUCUUCCACCCCUCGUCAACGCUUUGGAGGUUUACACACUUAGGCGUUUUCUGGGAUCACAGACUGAUGAAAAUGAUGUAAUGGCAAUUCUUAGUAUCAAGUCAACAUACCAAGUAAAGAGACACUGGCAAGGUGAUCCUUGUCUUCCCGGGGACUCAGUGUGGACUGGUCUUGCUUGCAUCUUCUACGACAAUAGUAGUACUCCUCCCCGGAUCACAUCCUUGAAUUUGUCUUCGAGUGGAUUGACAGGGGCUGUGUCGCCCUACCUUUCCAGUCUCACUUUCUUACAGACUCUGGAUUUAUCAUAUAAUAGUUUGUAUGGACAAGUGCCGGAUUUUCUUGCUGACCUGCCCCAAUUGAAAACCCUGAACUUAUCAGGAAACCAGUUUUCAGGUCCAAUUCCGAAGAAACUUCUCGACAAGGCGAAGAAUGGUUUGGAGUUAAGGGCCGAUGGCUAUCAUACAAGGAAGAAACUCACCUUUCCACUAGUCGUCUCAAUAUCAGCAUUUUUUGUAAUCUUGGCUGCUGUUGUUGUGUUUGUGAUGGUAAGAAGGAAAGCGAGAAUGGAAAAACAGAAAGUCGAAAUCUUGGGCAACACCUUCAACAGAAAUGAUGGUUUUUUGGAUCCAAAAAACCUGCAGUAUUCAUAUAAAGAUAUCUUGAAGAUGACCAACAAUUUUCAAAGUGUUCUUGGACAAGGUGGGUUUGGAACAGUCUACUAUGGUAUCACUGAUGGGAAAGCAGUUGCUGUGAAGUUACUCUCUGACUCUUCUACUCAAGGAUACCAUGAGUUUCACAGAGAGGCAGAGCUACUGACAAAGGUUCAUCAUCGCAACUUAACAACUCUGGUUGGCUAUUGCUAUCAAGGCAACCAGAUGGCGCUUGUAUACGAGUACAUGGCUAAUGGAAACUUAAGGGACCAUAUUUCAGGUAUUGAUGGAAAUGUCUUGAGUUGGUUGCAGAGGCUUCAAAUUGCGUUGGAUGUGGCGCAAGGACUAGAUUAUCUGCACAAUGGCUGUAGACCACCCAUAAUUCACAGAGAUAUAAAGUCGACGAACAUCUUGUUAAAUGAAAAUUUUGAAGCCAAGUUAGCUGAUUUUGGACUAUCUAGAGUCUUCAGUGAUUCUUAUGUGAUAACAAAAGUGGUCGGUACCCCGGGGUACCUUGAUCCAGAGUACCAUGGAACACAGAGGUUAAUUGUCAAAAGUGACAUUUAUAGCUUUGGAAUCGUAAUCCUGGAACUAAUCACAGGCCGACCAGUGAUAGCCAUGGCUGAGGAGAAUCCCCACAUAUAUGAAUGGGUUAGUUUUUGGCUAGCUAGAGGGGACAUUGGAAGUAUUGUCGAUCCAAAGUUGCUGGAAUUUUAUGAUACUAAUUCAGUAUGGAGAACCCUAGAAUUAGCCAUGGCAUGCGCUUCUCCCAAGUCUGUGAAUCGACCACUGAUGGCUCACGCUGUAACAGAGUUGGUAGAAUGUUUGGCCUCUCAGAAAGCGUGGCUGGGAGGUCAGCAUACAGGUUCAGAGGAUUUACUCUCAAUGAACUCAAGAAUUCUCAACAGCGGAGUUUCCCCGAGGUAG